AUGGGGCACGCGCGGCAGAGCAAGCUCCUCUUCGCCGUGGGCGGGUGCCCGUGGUUCACUUCGCCUCCUCCGGCAAGGAGACGCCGGGCCCAGCUCCACGAGCGUGGGCGCCGCUCUCCGCGUCCGAGCCCGGUGGGGACCUGGUGGUGGUUAGGCCGGUGUGCGCGACGGUGCUGACGCGUAAGAAGUGCGGCCCGCUGGAGGACAUGGCGGCGCGGCGAUGGGAUUCGUACCGGUAGGCACCGCUGCCGCCGCCCUCCCCUUAUCCCUUGUCGCCGCCGCCGCGUGGCCGGUCAGCGAUUGUGGGACCUCCUCUCCCGCCUCACCCCGGCGACCUCCCCAGUCCCCACCCGCUGGCCGGCCUUCCGAGAGGAGAAAAGUGAGAGAGAGAGAGAGGAAGGGAGAGGAAAGAGAGAGAGGUGAUGACAUGGCUUACUGACAUGUGGGGCCCACGUGAGUCCCACGCUGACUCAACCGCCAUGUAGGACAAAAUCGGGUCAAAAACCACCGAAGGACCUAAAGUGAACGGUUUUGUAAGUUGAGGGAUGUUAUAUAUCUGGUUUUGUGGGUCGGAGACGAUUUCGAACUCAAUGACAAGUUGAAGGACCUUGGGUGUACUUUUUCCUUGGCCCCAAUAUAUCCAUCUUGGCCCGGCCCAAAUUCGUCCAUCACUUCCCAUCCGGCCCAUUAAAAGAGGCCCAAAUUCUACCAGCUUAUCUAAUGGGCCUCACUGAAGCACUCCAUUUCGGCCCAGACUCUCUCCGACGUCUCGGUGGGCUACCUCGCCGCCGGCGACACCCUCUGCCCAAUCGCGCCGCCGCCGCCGCCACCAUCGCCCCGCUGACCGCCUCCUCCCGCGGCUGUCCGAGCGGCGCGGCGCCUUCGUCUUCCCCUGCUCCGGCCCGCCUCUUCUCUGGUGAGCGAGCGCCUGCGAUUCCUUCCCCACCUCUCUCUCACUCGAGUCCCUCCGACGAGCCCGGAUGCAGGAAUGGCCCGCCGUCUCCUCCUCCUCCACCACCUCCGCCGCCGCUACUCCGUCUCCGUCUCCUCCGCCGAGGACAUGGUCGUCUCCUCCCUCCGCAUCCUCUCCUCAGCUAGCCCUAGCGAACCAACCACUCUCCCUCCUCCUACCAUUCAUCCCGAUCCGGAUGCAACGGCGACGAGCCCUACUACUGCUGCUGCUGCUGCUCUCCUAUCCCCCGCCGACCGCCUCCGCGGGGUCUUCCUCCUCAAGCCCCCCGGCCGCGCCGCCCUCCACCGUGCUCUCUCAUCCACGGGCAUCGACGCCGCCGCUGCCCUCUCACCGGAGGUGCUUUCCGGCGUUGUCAGCCACGGCAACUUCAGUGGCGCCGCCACUGUCGACUUCUUUGACUGGGCCAUCGCAAACAGCAAGCUCCCGCCAUCCGUCGAUACCUGCAAUAUUGUCAUCAGGGCUUUGGGCAGGAGGAAAUUCUUCGCCUUCUUCGAACCCGCCCUGGAGAUCAUGCGUAAAAACGGCGUGUCUCCUGACAUAAGCACGCUGGAGAUCAUCAUCGAUAGUCUGAUUGCUGCUCGGCAUGUCAACACAGCCAUCCAACUGAUCAACACUGACCAUUUUGGACUUGGAGUUUGGCAAACUUGCCAGAGAAAGGAGAUCUUUACUGUCCUCAUCAACUGCCUCUGUCGGAGGUCGCAUGUCGGUCUCGCCAGCUCGCUCUUGCAGGCUUCUCGUGGAGAGACGAUUGAUCUUGAUAACCAUAUGUAUAAUGAGGUUAUUGGUGGUUGGGCGAGGUUUGGGAGGGUUGAUAAAGUGGAACAUUUCUGGGAAACGAUGCUGGAAGAUGGGCUUGUACCCGAUCAGGUUUCAUAUUGCCAUCUCAUCGAGGCAUUGGGUAGAGCAAACCGGGCUGAGGAAGCACUACAGGUGUUUGAGAAGAUGGUACAUGAGGGAUAUUGUCCAACCACGAUGGCUUACAAUGCACUUAUUUUUAAUUUUAUAUCGGUGGGAAAUUUUGACAGAUGUAUCAAGUAUUACAAAGAUAUGUUAGACAACAAUUGUCCUCCAAAUAUUGACACAUACAGAAAAAUGAUAAGAGCCUUUUUGAGGGAGCGCAAAGUGGCUGAUGCACUUCAAAUGUUUGAUGAAAUGUUGAGUCGAGGAAUUCUGCCAAGUACUGGGAUGAUUACGUUAUUCAUUGAACCACUCUGCACAUUUGGGCCCCCUCAUGCUGCCUUGCUGAUCUACAAAAGGAGUAGGAAGGCUGGUUGUAGAAUAUCCAUGAAAGCUUAUAAACUUUUGCUUGAAAGGCUCGCUAUGUUCGGGAAGAGUGGAACAGUUCUACAGAUUUGGGAGGAGAUGCAAGAAUCUGGGCAUCCAUCUGAUAAGGAGAUUUAUGAGUUUAUUGUGAAUGGGCUCUGUAAUGUUGGUAAGGUUGAUGCUGCUGUUUCUGUGGUGGAGGAAUCAAUUCGGAAAGGCUUCUGUCUUGGUAGAGUUGUUUAUGGCAAACUGAACAACAAAUUGUUGGAGAUGAACAAAGUUGAGACUGCAUACAAUUUGUUCAAGAAGGUCAGAGAUGCACGUGUAAUUGCUAAUUCACGUAACUAUUGGCGUGCUAACGGUUGGCACUUCUGACUUCACCCAUUUUCUCAUUCUGAUGGUAAAAAGUAAGCUAUUUGUUGUUACUAGUGAAAUCUGAUUGGUUUUAUAUUGGAGAUAUAUAGCGUUUUUUUUUUAAAAAAAAAUGCAUGGAGCUAAAACUCAAAAUGGGUGAUGAAAUACUGAGUGACAGGGAACUCUUGUUGGCCUGUUACAUCAUUCAAAGGUCAAUUGAGCUAAAAGAAGAAAUGCAGCAAAUAGGGUGACCUAGUGAGUAGGAAUUGACGACAGAUACUAUUGCCCUUUGCUCUGCUGUUAAAAUUGAAUGUUUUCAUGUUCAGAAGGUUUGAACACUGCUACUACCACUCUACCAGCAAAAAGCAGCUCACGGAUCAUGCUGGAAAGUGGAAAUAUAGUCCCAUUGAGAAAACUUUCAAGAUCAUUCUCAGUUUGCUCUUUCAGUGGGAAUUCAUGAAUCCAUCUUUUUCAGAGGAAUGUCCUCUUCAUGCUCAUGCAGGCACAAUUAUUUUAUUCUCCAAUAAAUAUUUCAUCUUUCUCGCCACUUAAAAUAUUAUCAAAAUAUUUUUAUCAUAGGUCAGAAAGGUUGACUGCGCAACUUUUUGCAGUUGCUAAUUCUGUCCAGAGAUCAGGAGUAAAUUAUUUACCAGAAUGUCAUGGAGGUGUGGGGUUUCCAAACCUGUCAUUGUUCAAUCUGGCAUCAUUUGGGAAACAAGAUUGGCAGAUAUUUUACAAAUUCUAAUGCUCUUUGUGUGCAGGGAUGUUGAACUAGAAAGAAAGGUUUCUUCUCAAUUACCAGUGGCGAGUUAUUAGCAGCAAGGUGCUUGAGCAAGAGACUGAGAGAGCUAACUAGAACAGUUUAUAGAAGCUCCACAAAUUUUUAUUUCGGUCCCUGAGUAUCUCAAUAUCAGUGUUUCAACACCCACUGAUGAGGCUCUGGUACCAAGAGAUUGAUCUGAUCACUGAUAGCAGUGUUUGGAAUGACACAUACGACAAUGUUCUUUUCUCCUAAUAUUGAUACAAUCUUGAUUGCAAAAUUCAGGACUUGUCGGCCUGGGCUCAUGGGAGACAUCAGGUUAAUCAACAUUCAGUGAGAUCCACAUACAGUUUGCUCAUUACGGACUGGAGUUGUGCUGAACUGGAAGCAGACUCCAAAGGUGAGGUUUUCUGUUGGAGAGAAGAUUUGGCUUCUUGCCUACUUGUUAUGUUGUUCAAGUACUCGAGGUGCAUUGAUCGUCUCACACAUGUAAUCUGUGGUGCUGAGGUCGAACCUAUCACGCGUGUUCCUGUUGAGUGCAUAGUAGCCAAGGAUUUCUGGGUACUUUUUUUUCCAAAGAAAUGAUUGUUACUCCCUCUGUUUCAAGUUAUAAGACUUUCUAGCAUUGUCCACAUUCAUAUAGAUUUUAAUGAAUCUAGGCACACACAUAUGUCUAAGAUUUAUUAACAUAUAUAUGAAUGUGGACAAUGCUAGAAAGUCUUAUAAUAUGGAACGGAACGGAGGAAGUAUCAUUUUCAAACUUGGAGGUGUACGUGUUACCAUUUUCAUUUGUGGUGUGCGUUCAUUAUGGAUAUCCAGGAAUAGGCGUUGGCAUGGAGACAAGCUGUGAUAUGGGCUCUGAGUACAGCUUUUGGUCUAUGGCAAAUACCCUACCAAACAAUCCGGGACUGAUUAGAAGCUUGCGUUGAUUUGAAACACAUAUAACCAGGGCAGAGAUAUCUCUGAUCGUCAAGAAACCCAAAGAGAGCAUAGCAGGAAUUUCUUCUAAUCAUUUGUUUCAUGUUUUUUUUUCUCAUGAUGUCGCAACAGUGUUGAGCACGUACGGUGCUAAGGGUAUGAAUAGUGGUGUAAUAUCAAUUGUCAGGAAGGAAGAUUUGAUCCUUUAUGAUUUGGGUAGCAUUAUAUCGUUCAUGUCAUUGUAUAGACUGCUUAUAGAAGUAUAAUGUUAAUCAUAUGAAUCCUCUGUAGAUAAUUAUAUGUUAA